AUGGCAAACAUCACAGUUCCGGACACGGAACCGCCAAUGCUGCCCACAGCAGAUUCGUCAGACUUCAAAGAGGGUGAGAGGCAGGCACAGAUCAACGAGCAGGAGCGUGAGACUGUCCAGGAUCUGCUUGCAGAUUUGCUCGCCCUGCAUGGCAAGCUGGUCGAAUCGCUCAGUUUCGAAGCUGUCCUUGCAGAUCAACGGGCCUCGCCAGGGAAGAUAUCUACCUCAAGUUCCGCUGCGACGAAGUCUCCCCCCAAGACCUCUGCGAGAACACGCUCGGAAAGGUCAGCAUUUUCGCCAGGAGCCGAGGAGCGUGUGGACAGCCGGUUGAGCCGCAGUGUGCGAGAUACCCUGAGUUGCAGCCAAGAGCAACAAGACGCUGCGUUUGCCGCGGAUGAGGAGGUCCUACGCUAUCCGCUGCAACCACAACUGGUCGCUCUCGCGAACAGGUCGAUGAAAGCUGUGAAGACCUGGAGCAGAAGUAAAACCAGGAGGAUGCCAUCAUCGCCAACAGCGGUGCGGGUCAUUGAGGAGCGCGCAUCACGAUGGAUUUUGUAUCCCUCCUCUAGGUUUCGCUUGUGCUGGGAUGCCCUCACGCUCCUCAUCCUGUUGCAGGACAUGCUUCUGAGCCCGCUCCAUGUGUUUGACGGGGAAGAUGACCAGAGAGGCAUGCAAAACUCUUGGAUUGUGGUCAGUGCUGCUUUCUGGUCACUGGACGUGGUGCUAUCUUUCUUCACGGCCGUGUAUGUUGAUGGCAGGUUGGUGCAGGAUGGCGUCGGCAUUGCGAAGGCCUACAUGAUGUCGUGGAUGCCUUUUGACCUCUGCAUCCUCGUCCCAGAGCCCCGCCUCGAGACAACCAGCAGUCCCCUUUUCGUUGCCCUGUGGGUCGCUCCUUCUGAGGACACGGAAGAGCCUGCGGAAAUGCCGAACAUACCCCCCUGA